UGGGGGAGUGCUAUCAACAUUACGAGUCGUACAACUGUUGAGUUCAGAGUUCCCCAACUUCAACAGUACACUGUUGCAUGUCUACCACAUGUUCACCUCCAAUUUCAACGGUAUAAACUGUUUUUUCAAUUUCUCCGCGGAAAACCGCCACAAAGGAUAACCCAAAAUCCUUCUGUCUCUCUCCCUUCUCCAAUACUCUCUUUCUCUCUCUUUCUCUCGACACAACAACACAACAACUUGACAGUCUACUGAGGACGGUGACUCGAAUUUUGCCGAGUCAAACUCGGAAUAAAGAAAACCCCAAAAUACCUUUCUCCCUCCUCAUAUUAUCUGCAAUCACGAGGUCCUCUCAGCUUGUCUUGCGCUCCGUUUCCUUCGGUUCUGCAAUUCGUGUUCGGCGAAUGGCCACUGCGUCUUCCUCUCCCCCUGCGGUCUCAGGUGGUUCGGCUGCUACUGAUUCUGAAACCCUACGCAAAAAUCAAAUUCUUUCGAGCAAGCUCUACUUUGAUGUGCCCCUCACUAAGGUUCCUGUUAUUUACUCGUCCUCCUAUGACAUCGCAUUUCUUGGAAUCGAGAAGCUGCACCCUUUUGAUUCUUCAAAAUGGGGUCGAGUACGUGGAUUUCUCAUAAGAGAUGGUGUUCUGGACAAAAAACGAACAGUUGAGCCUGUAGAAGCUUCAAAAGACGAUCUGCUAGUGGUUCACUCAGAAUCAUAUUUAAAUAGCCUAAAGAGUAGCUUGAACGUUUCCAUUAUAGUGGAGGUCCCUCCUGUUGCACUGCUGCCUAAUUGUCUUGUACAGAAAAAAGUUCUUUAUCCAUUCCGCAUGCAGGUCGGAGGGACUGUUUUGGCAGCAAAGCUUGCAAAAGAACGAGGAUGGGCCAUAAAUCUUGGUGGAGGAUUUCAUCACUGCUCUGCAGAAAGCGGAGGUGGAUUCUGUGUAUAUGCAGAUAUUUCUCUUUGCAUUCAUUAUGCUUUUGUCCGAUUGAAUAUUUCAAGGGUGAUGAUCAUUGAUCUUGAUGCACAUCAAGGGAAUGGACAUGAAAUGGACUUUGCCAAUGACAGUCGGGUUUAUAUUCUGGAUAUGUACAACCCUGAAAUAUAUCCUCGUGAUUUUGUGGCAAGGAGACACAUUAAUCAGAGGGUUGAGAUAGUGAGUGGGACCAGAACAGAUGAAUACUUAAAACAAUUAGACAAGGCCCUUGAGGUUGCUGGGCAUAUGUUUGACCCUGAGUUGGUGGUAUACAAUGCUGGCACAGAUAUCCUAGAUGGAGAUCCUUUAGGCCUGUUGAAGGUCAGUCCUGAUGGUAUAACCAGUCGAGAUGAGAAGGUAUUCAGGUUUGCAAAGGAAAAGAGCAUCCCCAUUGUUAUGCUUACAUCAGGUGGAUAUAUGAAAUCUAGUGCGAGGGUGAUAGCAGAUUCGAUAGUGAACCUCUCCAAGAAAUCCUUGAUAGAUUUGGAAAAGGCUCCAGUGAAAAUAUAAAAGGUGCUACAAGGGCCUUGCCCACUGCUCUGAGUUUUUUCUUUUCUUGGCUUAAAUGAAACAUCAACAUGUAAUGUUCCAGGUGGAUAUAUGAAAUCUAGUGCGAGGGUGAUAGCAGAUUCGAUAGUGAACCUCUCCAAGAAAUCCUUGAUAGAUUUGGAAAAGGCUCCAGUGAAAAUAUAAAAGGUGCUACAAGGGCCUUGCCCAUGGCUUUUGUGGUGUUGUUUUAAGUGCAUAUAGGUUAAAGGCUGGGGUUAUGAACUCUGCUACUGCUGCUAGUACUAUUAAACAAGAGUGUUUGUAUUUGCUAGUGAGUUGGCAUUGGCAAACACGAGUUGAACAAUGUAGCAAGGAAGUGUCAAAUUAUAGCAGACUAGCAAUACUAUAACCAUAAGGCUGUAUAUACAUGAUAUUCUAGCUAGUGCUUCAGUUUGUAGUGUAAAAAAAAAAAAAAAAGAAUUGGGAGACCGUCCACACUCCACACACCAAGAUGACAUGAUAUGACCAGAGCAUUACAAUUUACUAACUGGGUCUAAUGAUGAUGCUAAAAAAAAAAAUGUCAUCGACAGCUUCUUGGUUGGAUCUCUGGGACUGCAUCAACAUGGUUUGAGGCGGGGAAAAGGAGGUAGAGAAGGUGCAGUGUGAUUCUACACCCCGCAACUCAUCCACGAUCCACCUGGACCAUUCUUUUUCAUUCAGUUGGGCUGAUGCUUUGCCAAUUACGGUCGACCCGUGGCCAUGUUGAUUGCCGAUGCCAAAGACUACCUCCUACCAAUUCGGCCUUAAAUGGUGCCGUUGGAAGAGGGGGGAGGGUUCGCUAUCAGAGCUCUCCACAUGGGCCAUGACCAUGCCAACCGUCUUUCUUGGUGGCCAGUGUGGGUGUGGUGUCUUCUUUAUGCUUUUAGUUUUUAUUAGUGGGAUCCAUGUGAUGUAUUUAUAUUUUUAUUUGUCAAGCGAAAGCUA